AUGGGUUUUUGUAUCGAUGAUUCUUGCACUCAACAAGUGUCACAUAACUUUGAUAAAGCACCGACUUCUGAAGAAAUCCAAUCUGAACAAGUACAUAAACGUGGCAUUAACAUUAAUCCAAAUGAAAUCGGUAAUUCAAUAGGCAAUACAGCUCAGGAUGUAGGCAAUUCAUUAAAUAAUGCUGCAAAAGAUGCUGGCAAUACAAUACAAAAUGUAGCCAACACAGCCAUUGGAGGAAUAGAUAAACUUGGACAAGAAGCUAUCAAAGCUUUACUAUCAGCCUUUGAUAGUUUUGUUCCUAAAGUACCUACUAAUGUAUUUAAUGUUAUUGGUGCUUUUCCUGGCAUUGGUGGUAACCAUACUGGUCCGGCAAUGAUUUUAUCUGGGUGUAGUUGUUUUUUCUUAUUUAUUUCAUUAAGUCUUAUAAUAUUUUAUUUAAAGGCUUACUUUUAUAAUUUUUUAUUGUGAUCAUAAGAAAAAGGAGUAGUUUAGUUCUUUAGUUUUUAGCUUAAAAUUGUUUGAUGCCACCAUUUUUUGUUAUGUGUAUCAGCAGUAAUUAAGUGAUUCAUAUUAUACAAGUAAUAAAUUUUAUGUGUCACAAAGAAUUUUUAUUGGUUGAAAUUAACGAGAAAAUAAAUCAGUAUGAUCGAAAUUGUUAAUAGCUAGAAUGUCACCAAAGAUAAAUUGAAACUUAUUAUGAUUUAUGAAGCAUAAUGAAAUAUAAAUUAAGAAACGAAUACUUGAAUAAUGAUGUAACAAAAAUAACUUUCCAAAUCCUUGAUAAAAAGUAAUAAAACUUUUGUAACAAUUAACUCAAAAUUUGGAUUGAAGAAGCCGUUGAUACAAGUGAAGAUGAAAUAUCAUU